GUGCAUGAGGUUGACGCUACUUUGUUGCACCUGGAGGGAAGAACGUAUGGGAGAGGAAGGAAGCGAGUUGCCCGUGUGUGCGAGCUGCGGCCAGAGGAUCUAUGAUGGCCAGUACCUCCAGGCCCUGAAUGCUGACUGGCAUGCAGACUGCUUCAGGUGUUGUGAGUGUGGUGCCUCCCUUUCACACCAGUACUACGAAAAGGACGGACAGCUCUUCUGCAAGAAGGACUACUGGGCCCGCUAUGGCGAGUCAUGCCACGGGUGCUCGGAGCACAUCACCAAGGGGCUGGUCAUGGUGGCCGGGGAGCUGAAGUACCACCCCGAGUGCUUCAUCUGCCUCACAUGCGGGACCUUCAUCGGCGAUGGGGACACCUACACGCUGGUGGAGCACUCCAAGCUGUACUGCGGGCACUGCUACUACCAGACCGUGGUGACCCCCGUCAUCGAGCAGAUCCUGCCCGACUCCCCUGGCUCCCACCUGCCCCACACAGUCACCCUAGUCUCCAUCCCAGCCUCAGCCCAUGGCAAACGUGGCCUCUCAGUCUCCAUCGACCCACCUCACGGCCCGCCGGGCUGCGGCACAGAGCAUUCCCACACCGUCCGCGUCCAGGGAGUGGACCCGGGCUGCAUGAGCCCAGAUGUGAAGAAUUCCAUCCACAUUGGAGACCGGAUCCUGGAAAUCAAUGGCACACCAAUCCGGAACGUUCCCCUGGAUGAGAUUGACCUGCUGAUCCAGGAAACCAGCCGCUUGCUCCAGCUGACUCUUGAGCACAACCCGCAUGACACGCUGGGCCAUGGGUCAGGGCCUGAGCACAGCCCCCUGGACUCCCCUGCUCACACUCCCGGUGGGGAGGCAAGCAGCGUGGCCCGGCAGAAGCCUGUCCUGAGCUGCAGCAUUGACAGGUCUCCAGGUGCUGGCUCACUGGGCUCCCCAGCUGCCCAGCGCAAGGAUCUAGGCCGCUCUGAGUCCCUCCGUGUGGUCUCCCGGCCUCACCGCAUCUUUCGGCCAUCGGACCUCAUCCAUGGGGAGGUGCUGGGCAAGGGCUGCUUCGGCCAGGCCAUCAAGGUGACACACCGGGAGACAGGCGAGGUGAUGGUGAUGAAGGAGCUGAUCCGGUUCGAUGAGGAGACCCAGAGGACCUUCCUUAAGGAGGUGAAGGUCAUGCGCUGCCUGGAGCACCCCAACGUGCUCAAGUUCAUCGGGGUGCUCUACAAGGACAAGAGGCUGAACUUCAUCACCGAGUACAUCAAGGGGGGCACACUAUGGGGCAUCAUCAAGAGCAUGGACAGCCAGUACCCCUGGAGCCAGAGGGUGAGCUUUGCCAAGGACAUUGCUUCUGGAAUGGCCUAUCUCCACUCCAUGAACAUCAUCCACCGGGAUCUCAACUCCCACAACUGCCUGGUCCGUGAGAACAAGACUGUGGUGGUGGCAGACUUCGGCCUGGCACGGCUCAUGGUAGAUGAGAAGACGCAGCCCGAGGACCUGCGGAGCCUCAAGAAGCCGGACCGCAAAAAGCGUUACACGGUGGUGGGCAACCCCUACUGGAUGGCACCCGAGAUGAUCAACGGCCGCAGCUAUGAUGAGAAGGUGGAUGUGUUUUCCUUUGGAAUUGUGCUGUGUGAGAUCAUCGGGCGGGUAAACGCAGACCCUGACUACCUGCCCCGCACCAUGGACUUCGGCCUCAAUGUGCGAGGCUUCCUAGACCGCUACUGCCCUCCGAGCUGCCCCCCGAGUUUCUUCCCCAUCACUGUGCGCUGCUGUGACCUGGACCCUGAGAAGAGGCCCUCCUUUCUGAAGCUGGAGCAGUGGCUGGAGACCCUCCGCAUGCACUUGGCCGGCCACCUACCACUGGGCCCACAGCUGGAGCAGCUGGACAGGGGCUUCUGGGAGACCUACCGGCAUGGCGAGAGCGGACUACCUGCCCACCCUGAGGUCCCCGACUGAGCCCGACCUACCCAGCUACCCCAUCUUCCUACUACAACCGGGUUCCGGCUCUGCAGGAGGGGGCCAGGCGUGGAGCCCGCAGCUGGGGCAGUGGAGGCCCAGAGCCCGCCCUCAGCGCCAGGCCCCUGACUUGCCUUCUCCUGCCCAGCAGGUGUGGCCCCUGCUCUUCCUGCCCUCAGCCCCAGAGCUGGCCUAGCUGCACACAUACCACCUCGCCCUGCCUUACCUCUGUUGUGGUGGGGCUGCCCCCUCGCUUCUCAUUGCAUGAGCUGGAGGAGCCUGUGUGAGUCGUGCCCCUGUCUACCUGCUGCCGCCAGCCACCACCUCUCUGCAGCCCUCCGAGGCUGGGCCAGAGACAGCCUUAGCCCUGUGCCCUGGUAAAGGCUGGGUACGUAGGAGGGUUUGUGUCAAGGGAGGCGGGGGCCAAGUUCCCAGGAGCCAAAUGGGGAGUCUAGGGCCACGUCACCCUCCAGGGGUGUCUAGGUAGCAGCAGGUAUUGAUAAUCACCCAAACCCCAGAGCAGAGGAAGGUCUGAUGCUGCACAUGGAAGUCUCCAUUGGCCCGGCAGCAGCCCUUUCUCUUGCUUUGGGUCUUUUUUGUUUAUUGAAGCCAGUUUAGUGAGAAGCAGGUACCAGGCCCCAGGGUGAAGAGAGGGUCCCUUGAGGUGGAGGGAGCGUGGUCCCUGGGCCUGAGACGUAGGGAGGAGCAAACCCAGGCACAGAAAGGUUGGGCAGAGCGGACAAGGCAGGUGUCCACCAGCAUCCCAGCCCCCAGGUUCAUCUCAGUGUCCCGUCCUGGGCUUCCCCCUGAGGGCCCUGCCAGUGGCUGGAAUAGGCCCUGCCCCUGAUGUCCCUAUGUUCUCUGGGUUCUUCCUGUGUAAUCUAUUUUUUAAGAAGAGUUUGUAUUAUUUUUUCAUAUGGCUGCAGCAGCAGCUGCUGGGGGCUUGGGGUUUUAUUUUUUUGGCAGGCGGUGGGUGGGGGCCAUUUUGUCACUUUGCCUCAGUUGAGCAUCUAGGAAGUAUUAAAACUGUGAAGCUUUCUCAGAGCACUUUGAACCUGGAAAACCAUCAGAAAGGCCUGUGGGACCAUGACUUAGGGAGGUGGGGCAUGCUCACCUCCAUCCAGGAACCGUGCUGUCUAAGAAACAAAACCCAGACACAGAACAAUAAAUACAUUCUGUACUCCCCA